AUGAAAUAUCCGAGAUCGCCGUCAGAUCUUUCAUGCAUGUGCCCACACAACGUGCACGAUGCUGUUUGUGUCGUCGACCAGCACAAAGAUACCAGCAACCUCUCCAUCUUCCGAACCUCCGAGAGGGAGAAGUCCAAAGUUCAGGUGGAAUGUCAGGCAACAGCGCGGGAGACUUCGAGCGCGCUCAGCAGCAUCGAGCACUUGCAGACGGUGGAACUGCGCGGGAAGAGAGCGUCGAUCGCUGCAUGGAGAGAUGACAUGUUGGCUGUUGGCUACUUCUCAGGGUCGAUCGAGAUCAUGUCGAUAGACCCUCGUCGCUGGAAGAAGGACAGAGGGGCGGACAAGAUCGAUUUCAGCUCAACACACCAGAUAUCUGCGACAGAUGACGGACGAGGUCCCGGCAGGAUCCACCAGCUCAGUCUGGGGAGGGUCAAGUCAGACUGGUUCCUGACGUCUGUUGCACAAGGCGGGCUCAAGACUUGGAAUCUCACCAACCCGAAGGACCCGAUAGGGCUCUGCCGCAUCCCAGACUUUCACAUACGGUGCUGUGAGGUGAAGAUGAGGGAGGAGCGGAUCUUGGUGGGGGGGGCCAAGGGAAGGAUGUCAAUCGUCGACACGAGGUUGAUGAGGUCAGAGGAGACCCUGGAACGAGUGCCCAGCAGCCUUGCCUUCGACCUCAUGAACGCGCACUCCUCCUCGGUCAACUGUAUUCAGCAAUCGCCGCUCGACGACAACCUGAUGGCCACAGGAGGAGGCGACGGAGUCGUCAAGGUUUGGGAUCUCCGCAUGCUUCGUGCCCCGGCCUUCCACCUAGCCUGGCACACCAGCUCCGUCACCUCCAUCUCCUGGUCGAAGAGCCACGGGGAGAUGCUGGCGAGCGGAGGGGAGGACGGGAGCGUGAGGCUGUGGAGCCUCAACCUUCCUCCUCACUGCCGCCUCUGCGCCCUCGACAGCAAGCUCCUGUCCUCGGAGAUCGUCGGCUGUCACCUCUCCAACGUCAGCCCCUUCGAGGUGAUGUUCGCCGCUGCUGAGGGUCAGCUCGGCAUCGCGCGGCCACCGCCCCGCCUCAUGUCCUCGCUGUCGCCCAAGAAGGCCAUGGUGAGGACGAUGACGGGGAGAAUGAAGAACCCAUCCUCGGUCCUCGAGAGCUUCGACAAGCUGGAGGACGAGCUGGGAAAGCUCUGCUCGAAGGUGUACCAGAGGGACUUCGAGGCAGCUGGGGGGCAGGUGGACGCGAUGAUCGAGCGCAUGGCUCCUCUCAGGGAGUACGACCUCUUCGUCGAGCUCCUGCGCGAAGUUCUGCCCGAGCAUGUUUCCCAGCAGUACUUCUCCUCCAUGAUGGCGGUGCUGCGCCAGUUCUUCUCCCGCAAAGACUCCGACCCCAACAAGCCUCUCUGCGCUGACCUGCUCGAGCGCCUGUCCAAGAGCAUCGCCAGCAGGGAGAACUUCCUGUUUGAGGAGGAGGAGCUGGAGAAGGAGCAGGAGGAGGGCAGGGCGGGGGGAGGAGGAAGGGGGACGAGCUACAGCUUCGAAAAGGACCUGAUCCCCAAGAAAAUCUUCCCCAAGAUCGGCAGCCCGAUGCCUAUCGCCCUCUCCUCGAAGCUGUGCAGGCUGCUCCUGGAGUACCGAGCUCUUGCUCUGUGCGAGCACCAGCACGGGGAACUUCUCUCGCGCACCUGCCUGCUCAUUGCCGGGCAUUUCGCUCUCGUUGUGCAGCAGGUGAGCGACUGGUCUCAGAAAGGCAGCGGGAGGAGCAGGAAGGUCGACAGUGCGUGGGAGGAGGAGGGGAAGUGGCUGGAUCCGAUUGUUCGCUGCCUGUAUGCUCAUGACAAAGUGCGAACGUUCGAGCUCAUCCGAGAUCUCCUCCUCCUCCUCCUCUUCGGGGGGCUCAAGAAGGUCCCUAGGGGCCUGCGAGGAGCCAUGCUGCAGGCCUUGCGACCGAGCGUGAUGGAGGGCCGAGAGUUCAGGACAAGACUUCGCAGCUUCGAGGACGGGGAGAAGAUCGAAGCUUGUUCGGUGGGCCCCUCCGAUCCCUUCGUCGCUUCUGAGGACGAGACCAGCGUGCAGAUGGUGGAGCAGGAGGAGGAGGAGGAGGAGGAGAGCAAAGUGUUCCUGGUCUCCUCCGUGCUGGAGGACAUCCUGGCGCUGGCGAGGCUGGAGCGCCUCUGGGAGGAGGAGCGACUUGCAGACGCUGUGAACGAUGUCUCGAGGAUCAGCAUGCGCGCUGAUUCCGUGUGGUGGAUCACCGAAAAGCAGGCGGCAGAGAUCGUGGGUUGCGUGCCAGCGUUCCACGGGGGCAACCUGAGCGCUGUUGUGCUCUGGAGGAGGAUGGAGAGCCUUGCUGUGCUGGGGGAGGUGCAGGAGCUGGUGGUGGAAGGGAGCGCAAUCCUGAUGAGCCGGCAUUGCAGCAGCUCCUUCAAGCAGGCGGUAGGCGAGGAGCUCCUGGUCAGGAUCGGAUGCUCCGUGCUGAGGAGGAAGGUGAUUGAAUGGACUUCUGUGAACAUGGAGAGGCCAUGGGAGUACCACAAGGUUCAGGACGGAGUUCUGACAUGUGCCGGUGCCGCGACCUGCGCACACUGGCGGGUUCUCCCUCUACCUCUGGCGCAGGAGCUUGAGGAGGGGAUAGAGAAGCUCUCGGUCUCGCUCACAAACGCCAUGCAGCUUCUGACUAUGAGGGGAAAGGACGCCAAGUACACCAAGGAAGCGUCGAGCUUCUGCGUUCAGCUGAGGAAGUCGAUUGCUGGGAUGCAGUCGUCUUGCAACCACUCGGUCUGCGGUCGGUCGGCAGGGAACAAGGAGAGGUUGAAGGUGCUCAUGGCAGCGAUCGAGAAGUUUACUUGA